GGAAAGUCCUUGAAGCUAUCAACGGUCGUUUCAACCAAUUGCUCACAAGGCCAUCUGGGCGUUUUCUACAGUUAGUCAGACAUCACGGGCAUUGAGAGGUGUCAGUCUCAACAGGCAUAGGCGUCCUCACACCGCCCCCGCCCCCAGGAGUAGUAAUCAUGGCCACUGCAUCAUCGCCAACGACGGUCAUCCGAUAUGAGCAGAAACCUGAUGCGGCAGGAACAUCAGUUGCAUCCAAUGUCCCCGGGUACCCACCAACCGGGCCCAGCAUGUCCGGCGCCUUGCCCGACAGCUGGCAUCCUACCAAGGUCACUGACGCAGGGCUGCCUGGUCAACCUUUCGCGAGACCUGUCCGAGUAUUCUCUCCGCAAGAGAUCCCGAAGAACAUAAAAACAGCUCGCUUGAGCGUCGAGCAUGGCCUGAAGGAGCUGCUCGCUUUUCAGCAGCGACGACCUCAGGCUGACGGAGUCGCCUUUCUCGAGCAGUUCAGAUUACAAUCUGCUAAUGUUCUCGAUGAGCUGAUGACGCUGAGGGGGGAGGUGUCGGACAUAAUAAGGGCGGCAGAGCGGCAUCGAUGGCGAAAGUGGCUAUUGGGGGGUUUGGCUGCUGUAAUUAUCCCUGCAGUGAAGGCGAUUUGGAAACGACCACGGCAUGACAGCGAAUCAUCCAACAAAACGGAAUAUGCGUUCUUCAAGAGCCAGUCACUCAUUUCACGCAUACUGAAUGCUGUUCGAAGCAGCUUUGGUGGACUGGCGUCUAUAACAUUCUUCGUAUUUGCGGUGCUGUAUGUCUUUCAAAACGAGGUGUCUUUGCGCGUGGCCAAAACGAUGUCCAGGAGGCUGAAGAGGCUGCAUGCCAAGUUGGAAAGAGGCGAUCAAGCAAUCACUCAAGCCGAUUUGAAGACACUCCGCGGAUGGCGAUGGCGAAUAUUGCUCUGAAAAGAGCGCAAGACAUCUCGUUGGUAGUGAUCGAGUAACAAAACACUGCCUCGAGCUGUUGUAUACUCAAAACCCGGAAUUUGGUGUUUAGCCCUAGAAACAAAGAACGAGGCGCUCGAGGUUGUUACGAAAUAAGAAUUUUGGUUCAUUUUCUGCA